UUGUAUGAACAAAACAAAAACAAAAUGUCAUAUUUUGCUAAACAAGCCGCAUUCUUCUCAAUUAGAUCUGCUACGAAAGGAUUAAUUAAAUCGCGAAAAUUUUGUCUUUCCAGUAUGGCGAAAAGCCGUUUCGAAUAUGUGAAAAGUUACGAGCAUCAAGAUGUUCUCCAACAAAAUUGUUGGAUUGUGAUAAGGGUCGAUGGAAAAGGUUUUCAUAAAUUCUGCGAUGUGCACAACUUCACGAAGCCCAACGAUGAACGUGGCUUGAAUUUGAUGAGUUUGGCCGCACUCGCGGUGAUGCAAGAAUUUAAUGAAGUUGUUCUUGCUUAUGGCCAAAGUGAUGAAUAUUCGUUUGUGUUCCGAAGAGAUACCAAAGUUUAUGAAAGGAGACGAGACAAACUGAUCAGCUAUGUUGCUAGUUUGUUUACAUCGGCUUAUUCAUUUCACUGGUCAUACAUAUUUGGGAAUAUGACCAGCCUCAAGUAUCCACCUGUAUUCGAUUCGCGUGCAGUUCUGUAUCCUACCGAUGACAACUUGCGCGAUUACCUGUCCUGGCGGCAAGCGGAUGUCCAUAUUAACAACUUGUAUAAUACCACGUUUUGGAAUCUGGUAGCAUCUGGACUCACUAAUGUUGAUGCGGAAAAACGAUUACGUGGAACAUUAUCCAGCGACAAGAAUGAAAUACUGUUCCAAGAUUUUAACAUAAAUUAUAACAACGAACCGGCAAUGUUUCGGAAAGGUACCAUUCUGCUGCGGAAGAAGAUUAAUAUAAAGGACGAUAAAAAAGUGACUUUGAUCAUUCCUGUUUUCGAGGAUAUGAUAAGUGACAAAUUUUGGACCAAAUACCCAGAGAUACUAGACAGUAGCAGACAGAAAGCUACUCAUGACGAUGAAGGUGACUGUAUGAAUCAUAUUCUAGUAAAGUAUCAAAUUGAAAAGUACUCAAAACGGCGAGAAGGAAUGAAGCAGAAUAGUUAGCAGUCACUCGAUACUUUUUGUCAAAAAUAAAUACAAAUUACUCGAAUGCUGAUGUUGUUUGUUUAACGAAUAUCAUAAAUAUAUUUUACUAGCUGACCCGGCAAA